UUAACUCUACCAUCUAGCCUCCAUACUAUAUGAACUGUCAAUUUCUUCAUUAUUUUCAAUGUAAAACUCUCAUAUAAUUUGUCCCCAGUGUCAUUAAGCCUAAACUAAGGGCUAAGACACAUCCUACUGUCCACGGAGGAUAACAGACACUGUGCUGGGCCAGCCUGCAGAGGCUCUGCCUCGGAAAAGACACUACUGAACCUGUAAGAGAUGCCACUGCCGCUACUACCCCGAAGCUCCAAACCUGAGACUAAGAAAUCUCCAUGCAGCAGAGUUGUGCCCACUGUUCAUGAACAGUAUGAAAAGAAGGGGAAGAAUUACCAAGCAAAGAUAUCUCCAUCUUCACCUCAGGGAGCACUCAAAAAGAGACUGGCUUUUGAAGAUCUUACCAAUGCUUCUCAAAGUCAAUUUUCCCAGCUCAAGAAGAAAGCCAAUAAGGAGUUUGUAAAAGAUGUUUUCAAGAAGACAAAUAGGAGCACACAUGCUCUUGGUUUGGCCAGAAAUGAGAUGAAUCUAAAAGGGUAUAAACCAAAGCCCUCACCACUAAUGUCCUCUACCCCCUUGGUACCGAACAACAUGGAGCAACCACUUAUUCUGGAGAUAUCCACCAUCUCUAAAACACCCACUACUGAGAAGGCAUCUCCUUUCACAAAGCCAUUAAUUUUUAAAGAGGAAGCCACUACUGAAGAGACAGCCUUCAUCAAGAAGUCAUUAUCUUUAAAGAAGCACAUAUGUCAUGAAGAGGUAUCCUUAUUAGUGAACCCACAAUCCUUGCAGGAAGAGACUGACAAAGAUGAUAAGAUUGUCAUAGAACCAGUGACUUCUAGGAAAAAAAAUAAAACUGAGGAGGCUCCCAUCACCAAGGGGACAUUAUCCUUAAACAAGAAGAUGUACACAACAUAUCAGGGAAAGCAGUCUUGUCUGGAAGAGUUGCUAGCAUUGCAGGACAUCAGUGUUGAAGAGGAUUCCUUCUUUAUGGAGUCAAUGAAUUUUAGGAAGAAGCCUAAAACUGAGCAGUCAAACCCCACCAAGAAGCUAUUAUUAUUAAAGAAAAAUAAAUGUACUACUCAGGGGUUGAUACCUUGCUUGAAGCCACUAGUAUUGCAGAAGACCACCUCUGGAGAGAAGUCACUUAUGAAGGAGGCAUUGUUCCUUAAGGAGCCUACCACUGAGGAGUCCCUUUUCCAGGAGCCAUCUGAUUUGCAAGAGAAAGAUAUCACUGAACAGGAAAUGCCCAUCUUAAAGAAAUCAUUGGCCUUGCAGGAAAGGACGAACUUUAAAGAGGAUUCCCUUAUUAAGGAGUUACUGGCCUUUAAGAAGAAGGCUACCACUGAGGAGGCCCCCAUGAGGCCAUUAUAUUUAAAGAAGAAGUGCAUAACUCAGAGUAAGAUUUCCCACUUAAAGAAGACAAUAGUAUUGCAGAAGACUACCUCUGGAGAGAAGUCACUCACUACAAAUCCAUUGUCUGUUAAAAAGAAGCCUACAGCUGAGGAGUCUUUUAUCCAGGAGCCAUCUCCGUUGCAAGGGAAGCACAUCACUCAGGGAGAGGUAGACCUCUUGAAGAAGCCAUGGGGAUUGCAGGGAACUAUCAACAGUGAAGAUAAUCUUGUUUGGGGGAUAGUUUCCUUUAAGAAGCAGCAUACUAUCAAGGAGUCUGCUCCCACAAAGAAGCCAUUACCUUUAAAAAAGAAGAAAGCUACUACUCAUGGGAAGAUGUACUACUUGAAGAAUCCACUAGUAUUGCAGAAGACAGUCUCUGGAGAAAAGUCACUCAUGAAGAAGCCAUUGUCCUUUAAGAGGAAGCCUGCUACUGAGGGAGAGUCCUUUCAUCAGAAGCCAUCUCUAUUGCCGGAGAAGCAUACCACUCAGGGGAAGGUGUCUACCUUGCAAAAUUCUCCCACUAAGGAGGAAUCACUUUUUAAGGAGGCAUUGGUUUUUAAGAAAAAGCAUACCUUUGAGGAUACAACCUCCACUAGGAAGCCUUUACCUUUAAAAAAGGAGCACACCACUCAGGGGACAAUGUCUUGCUUGAAGAAGUCACUAAAAUUGCAGAAGACCACCUCUGGAGAAAAGUCACUUACUAAGGAGCCAUUUUCCUUUAGAGAAGAAAAAGUUUCUUUAAAGAAGAAAGAGUGUACCACUCAAGUAAUGACGUCUACCUGGCAAGAGCUGUUGGACUCACAGGAUGUGACUGGAGAAGAUAAGAAUUCCUUCUUUAUGGAGCCAAUGUCAUUUAGAAAGAAUCCUACAACUGAGGAGGCAAUCCUCACCAACAGACAAUUGUCUUUAGAGAAGAAGAAAAUUACUCAGGGGAAAGUGUUUAUCUUAAAGAAGCCACUGAUCUUGCAGAAGACUACCACUAAAGAAGAAUCACUUUAUAAGGAGCUGUUGUCCUUUAAGAAGAAACCUACAACUGAAGAGGAGUUCCUCUUUCAUGAGCCAUCUGGGCUGAAAGAGAAGCACACUAUUCUGCAGGGGGUUUCCCUCUCAAAAGAGUUGUUGGCCUUGCAGGAGGCUACCACUGAAGAAAAAUCAUAUAUUAAGGAACUAUUGACCUUGAAAGAGAAGCCUGACACUGAGGAGGAAUUCCGCUUUCAGGAGCUAUUUUCAUUGCAUGUUAAGCCUACCAACAAAGAUGAGUCUUUCUUCCAGAAGACAUUGGUCUUGCAAGCGAAGACUGAUACCAAAGAAGAUUCCUUGAAGAACCUGUUGGCCUUACAGGAGAAAAGCACCAUUGAAGAGAAAUUCCCUUUCAAGAAGCUCUUGGUUCUGAGGCAGGAACCCUCCACUGAGGCAGUAAAAAGGACAGAGGAGCAAUUAUCUUUAAAGAAGAAGCCCACUGCCCAGGAGGAGGUAUUCCUCUUAAAGAAGCAGUUGGCCUUGCAUGAGAACAUCACUACUGAUGAGGAGUCUCUUAUUAAACAACCACUGGCCUUACAGAAGUAUCCCAUCAUUAAGAAGGAGGCCCUCUUCAAGGAGCCCUUUGUUAUGCAGGAGAAGCCCAGUGUUGAGGAGGAGGCUAUCUUCAAGGAGCCCACCACUGACACAGAGGCUCACUUUAAGGAGCCUUUGGCCUUACAGGAACAGCCCAGCAUUGAGGAGACCUGCUUCAAGGAGCCUUUAGCUUUGCAGGAGAAGCCAACAAUUGAGGAGGAAGCAACCCUGAAGGAGCCCAUGGCCAUGUGGGAGAAGCCCAGCAUUGAGAAAGAGACACUCUUUAAGGAGAAUUUUGUCUUACAGGAGAAGUCUACAAUGGAGGAAGAGAUUCUCCUCAAGGAGCCCUUGGCCUUGCAGGAGAAGCCCAGCAUUGAGAAGGAAGCCCUCUUCAAGGAGCCCUUAGCCUUGCAGGAGAAGCCUACCUUCACCGAAGCAUUCCUUUUGACAAAGAUAUUACCUUUGAGUGAGAAAUCUACCAUUGGGAAGGAGUUGUCUUUCAAAGAGCCAUUGACCUUGGAUGAAAAUCCCACUCAAAAGGAAGAUACCUUUCUCAAAACAUUGAUCUCCCAAGUUGAUACCAGCCCACAGGUAUCUAUCAUUGCCCCUGAAUACAGAACAGGAAAGUCCAGCACUGCUACCAUGUCCAGUGUGGGCAAGUGCAGUACCACCAGCAAGUCUAGCACAUGUGAAUUUGGUUCCAAUAAACUUUUCUCACCACAGGGUGAGAGAACACCAAGAACACCAAAGGAGAUGUCUCCCCUACUGGAAGAUAUUGAUAACUCAAUAUAUGCCAAGGAUAUCUUCAUUUACAUGAAGGAGAGAGAGGAAAACUUCAUACUUAGAAAAUACAUGGACAGGCAGACUGAAAUCAACAGUACCAUGAGGGCCAUUCUUGUGGACUGGUUGGUGGAGGUACAGAUUUCAACCAUUGAUUCAGCUAAAAUCUUCACAUUUAGAUGUUACCACUUAGUACCAACAUGCAUGCACAAGUGGCCAAGUGCCUGUAUGAAGUACUGGAAGGAGGCUUCUAUGUCCUUUGAGAUGAAUCAUGAGACCCUGUACUUGACAGUGAAACUGGUGGAUCACUACCUAAUGGAAGUAGAUUGCAAGAAGGAUAAUUUACAACUCCUUGGUUCCACAGCUUUUCUGAUUGCAGCAAAAUUUCAGGAGACCUACCUACCUUGUGUGGAUGACUUCCUGUACAUUUGUGAUGAUAUGUAUAAACGAGAUGAGAUGCUUGCCAUGGAAAAAAGCAUCCUGAAAACCCUCAAAUUUGAAAUCAACAUUCCUGUUGCCUAUCAUUUUCUGCGAAUAUAUGCUAGGUGUGUUCAUGCCAACAUGAAGACGCUGACCUUGUCCCGUUUCAUCUGUGAGUUGACCCUGCAGGAAUAUGACUAUAUCCAGGAGAGGGCUUCCAAGCUAGCUGCUGGCUCCUUCCUCCUGGCCCUCUACAUGAAGAAGCUUGGACAUUGGGCUCCUAUCCUGGAGUAUUACAGUGGCUACAAGACCUCUGAGCUUCACCCGUUGGUUAUGCGGCUGAAUCUCCUGCUGACUUUCUGUUCUUGUCAUAGGCUGAAGACUGUACAUUUCAAGUAUUCUCACCAAGUCUUCUUUGAAGUUGCCAAAAUACCCCCCCUGGACAUGUUGAAGCUGGAGGAAAUGUUGAACUGCUAAUUAUGCGGCUGAGGGCCUGGCACUCUGGCAGCAGCCACAGGGCCAGGCAGGCAUGUUAAUAAGCUAUAUUUAUUCUGUGCUUGAAGUUGUCUUUUGGUCACUUUUCUUCAUUUUUCCACUUUUUUUGUGUUUUCCAAAAAUGGUAAUGUUGUAAAUAUUUAAUUAUUUUAUAAUGAAAAAGAAAACAUAUAUUGUCAUAUUUGACUAGAAAUUUAA